CCUCCUGUAGCGCGCUCACAGUUUUUCAAACAGAGCCAGAAAGAGACCAUCGUGCACUACCACUUUCGCUUGUUUUCUCUCAGUGUGAAGUAAAAAAAACCGUUCUGUUAUUUUUGAAACGCUUUCUCAAGGUUUAGCGCAACGGCCGGAUCAGUGGUGUCUUCAUUGGACUAUAAAUAGCCUAACUGAGGGGGGUGCACUAUGAGGACACUGUGCUGUGGUCCUCCACCUCACUGAAGCUGUCCCUGCAAACAGGUGGAUUUGGGAUAUUUCAAGAAGGUAUCUGAGGCCUCAGCAUGCCAAUUCCCCCCCCUCCCCCGCCUCCUCCCCUUGCUCCCCCUCCACCACCUCCACCCAGCGCUGCCCUGCCACAGUGUCCGUCGGAGCCUCAUAAGCUCCAGUGUGCAGGAGCAGGUGGAAGGAAUGCCCUGCUGGCCGACAUCCAGAACGGAGCCAGACUCAGGAAAGUAGCACAAGUCAACGACCGCAGUGCCCCGGCCGUGGAGAAUCCCAAGACUAGCCCUGGAGAUGUUUCCAGUGUGGGCUCAGCAGGAGGGACACCCGUGGGACCCUCUUUGGGGGGGCUCUUUGCUGGAGGUUUCCCCACCCUCAGACCUGUAGGACAAACCAGCAAGACCCCAGUGUCCCGGUCGAGCUCCUCCGCCUCCCUGAAGCCCCUGUGGAACCCCCCCCCUCCUCCUCCUCCAGCCGACAGCAGCAGCGUCUCGGAGCAUCAGAGGACAGCAGAGCACCGUCGCUCCGUCCACCGCCCUCUCCCCCCCUCCUCCUCCGCUCCCACCUCCCCCUCCCACAGCAGCAGGCACCCACCUUCAUUCCCCACUUACUCUCCCCCUCCUCCUCCACCUGCUCCUCCCUCUGCCCCUCCUCCACCGCCUCCUCCACCUCAGGACCGACCCGCUAACAGACACCCUCCCCUCCCCACCUGCCCUCCUCCCCCACCUCCAUCCCAGGUCAUCAAGCCCACCUGGCUCCCCCUCCAGCACUCCCACCACAGCCCCAUCUCCCAGCCCUCUACUCCUCCUCCCCCUCCUCCACCUUUCCACUCUCACUCUGCUGUACCAGGGGAUCGCUCCUCAGGGUGCUUCUACCCUCCGCCUCUAGUCUCCUCUGAACCCUCGAGGUUCCCCAUCCUGCGGGACAGCCCCCUGGGACCUCCUCCUCCACCUCCGCCUCCUCCUCUCCCAUCUUCUUACACCCCCACCUGCCCAUCCACUCUCCCCCCUCCACCACCCAAGCUGGCCGCAGUACCCUCACCAGCCAUGCGCCCUCUGCCCCCCUCGUAUACCCCUGCAACGCCCCACCCGACGGCCGCCUGCUGUGCCCAGAAAGUGCAGUGUGGUGACCUGUCCCAGGUGGGCCAGUACCUGAACACGCUCAGGGCGGAGUUCCCGCAGCAGUACCCUCAGGAGAGGCAGAAGUGGGAGAAGAAGGAAGGGCUGGUGCGGAGAAACCAGGCGGAGCUCCAGGGACGCUUCCAGGAGGUUCUGCAGCAGCUGCAGCAGGGCCGGGAGCUAGAGACCCUCCCCAGGAUCAACGUGCCGUCACUGCCCCAGGUCCCUAUGGCUGAGCUGAGAUUUAACCAGGUGAUGCAGUCCCUGGUCCGCCCCCAGUUCAUGCCCCCUCCUCCUCCAAUCCCAGUGAUUCGACCCUUCCCUCCCCAGAGACACCCACACUUUUACCAGCAACCGUUCCAACUUCCUCCCCAUCCCCAGUUCCGCCACCGCUACAACCACCCCCCACCCCCACACCAGUUCCAGCCUUCCCUCCCACCCAUGCACCAGCCUGUCUACCUGCCCCCGCCUCACUUCCAGCCCCACAUCAGAGCUCAGAUGAGGGUGACCCCCCCUCCCAGUCUCUCUCCGUCCCCUCCCGUUCAGCCUGUCCAUCCUGCAGUUCCAUCCCCGCCUCCCCCCGGCGCCGCUGCCACCUCCGCCCCCGCCGGUAAACUCGACAAGGUCCUCGAGAAGCUUGGGGCUCGCUACCCACAAUGCAACAGGGCUCAGCUGACGUCGCUGCUCCAACAGGUGAAGAGCUCCCGCGGCACGCUGGCCGGCAUGUCCAUGGAAGAGGUCAUCGAGCAGGUGGGCUUCAAGCUGGUGCAGAACGAGAGGUCGGCCCCGGGGCCCAUCAGCCGGCCCGCACCCCCGGGCCCCAUCCAGAGGCCGACACCCCCCCCGCAGAGAGCGGCAGAGGAGGGUCAGGCUGCCGGGCCUCUGAAGCCCUGCCUGGUGUGCCAGAACCACGUGGACCCAGAGAGCCGGCACCCCCUGGGCUGCAGCCACACCAUCCACAGAGACUGCAUCCGGGUGUGGCUGCAGUCCAGCAAGAACAACUCCUGCCCCUUCUGCCCCGGGAAGUGACGGAGAAACACUUAAAAACAUUCCAAAAAUAAGCUUUUAAUGUCCAACAGAUGUCUUUUUCUAGGGUACAAGCUGCAAAUAAGUUAAUUAAAAAAUUUAAUUUAUCAUGUGACUGCGACGUUGUUUGAAAAUUGAUAUUCUUUUCAAUAUUUUUGUUUUAAUGAUUAACAAUACGAAUCUUCUCAAUGUUUCACUGCCAUGUUGUUAUUAUCAUGCAGCUAAACAAGAAGUUUGCCAAAAUAAAGUUGUCUGAUAUUGAA